UAAGUUUCCCUUUCAUAUUUCCCUUGUCUGUGAUUGUAACAAGAAGAGAUGGAUCCAGAAAACGCUGCAACGAGAAUGGAAGAUGAGGAAGAGAAGCAGCGGAGACAGAGAGUGAUAAUCGUGGGAGCAGGCCCUUCUGGGCUCUCCGCCGCUGCAUGCUUGACGAAGCAUUCCAUUCCGUACAUAAUCCUGGAAAGAGAAGACUGUUUCGCUUCUCUGUGGAAGAAAUACUCGUACGAUCGUCUCCACCUUCACCUCAGAAAGCAAUACUGCCAGCUUCCCCACAAACCCUUUCCACCCUCUUACCCUCCCUACGUCCCCAAGAACCACUUCCUCCACUACCUCGACGACUACGUCUCCCACUUCCGAAUCGCACCUCUCUACCGCAGAACGGUGCAGCUCGCCGAGUACCAUCAAGGGGAUCAAGAGUGGAGGGUCAAGGCCCUCAAUGGAGACUCCGCCCAGGUCGACGACUAUUCUGGGAGGUUUUUAGUGGUCGCCACCGGAGAAACCACCGACCCUUUUCUGCCGGAGCUGGAAGGCUUGAGUACCUUCCCUGGGAAGCUUCUUCAUUCCACCGGAUUCACUUCUUGGAAAGAGUUCAAAGGUGAACAUGUUCUCGUUGUGGGGUCGGGGAAUUCUGGCAUGGAAAUCGCCUUGGACCUUGUCAAUCAUGGUGCCAAAACCUCCAUUCUUGUUCGAAGCCCGGUUCAUUUUCUGUCAAGGGAGAUGGUGAGUUUGGGGUUGUUUCUGUUGAAGUAUUUGUCGUUGAGCAUGGUGGACUCGUUGAUGGUGAUACUUAGCACCAUAGUUUACGGGGAUGUGACCAAAUUCGGGGUUGCAAGGCCAAAAGAGGGUCCCUUUUAUAUGAAGGUCAAGUAUGGAAAGUAUCCAGUUAUUGACGUGGGAACCUAUAAAAAAAUCAAGUCUGGUGAAUUGAAGGUUUUGCCAGCUGAAAUAGAAAGCGUGAGAGGCAAGGAUGUCCUAUUCAAGAAUGGUGAGUUGCACCCAUUUGACUCCAUUGUUUUCUGCACCGGCUUCAAGAGAUCAACCAACAAGUGGCUUAAGGGUGAUGAUUACCUUUUGAAUGAUGAUGGUCUUCCGAAGCCGAGUUACCCGAUCCAUUGGAAGGGAAAUAAUGGUCUGUACUGUGUUGGGUUAUCGAGGAGAGGUUUCUAUGGGGCUGCUGCAGAUGCUGAAAAUAUAGCAAAUGAUGUAAGCUCCUUCACCAACAUCCUUGAGAACAAAAUAAACCAACAGUUUUGAAACAUAAUUGUUACCACACAUCAUCAUUUCGCAGAUUGUCUUCCUGCUUCUUGUUUACCUGUCUUUCAUGUUGUUACUUAUCAUCUCCAAAUAAUAUGUCUAAUCAUUCUUGUCAA